AUGGAAGAAAGAAUCAGAACAAGACGUAGCUCAAAUAAUAGAAGUCGGUCACUUUGUAGAACAUCAUUCAAAAGACAUUCAAAUGACUUCGUGAAAAAUGAUGAAAAAUUUGCCAGCGUGAAAGACUUCAGUGAUACGUCUUAUGAAUCUGAUCAAGACGAAAUUGAAACCACUAAUUCACCAUCUUUAGAUAGUGGAAAGUUUGUCAACGAAGAAGAGGAUAGUAAUAUGUAUGUUUAUUGUGUAUUGUUGUUUGUCCUCAUUUGUGUUGCUAUAGUAGUCUUCAUUCUAAAUCCAUCUUCUACAUCUUCUAAAGAUGCUGACAAAGAAAUUCAUUCCAAGCCGAAAUUAAAAAAAUAUGCGAAAAAAAUUGCUCAUAUUCUGAAGAAUGAUUUUCCCAACGAUUAUAAAAAUAAUAAUACGCAAGCAGUUCUAGGGCUAAUUGGAGAAAGGUUGUUAACUAUUACGGAAGCUCGGGGACCAGUUGUAGUAUUGGUCGCAGGUUCCAAAGCAGAUACACUAGCAGAUUCAAUAAAUUUUGUAUUUUUAAACAUCACGGGAAACAAUGAAGUCAGUCCUAUAUUUUGUAAUGAAAAAAAGAAACGAAAUGAACUGGAACGCGAAAUUAAGGAAUCGUUGUCAAAAAAUACCAAAUCAAUCGUUUUACAUGAAAUCCAUAAACUACGGGAGGAUGCUCCACUUGCGCUACAUAGUUUUUGUGAUCAAGACCAUUCACCGUUUUAUUCUUCUCUUUUUUUACUUACAGUUAAGCUGCAUUUUGGGAUAAUGCUGAACUGCGAAGAUGGUUUAUACAGCCAUUUAUUAGAAGUAUGGAAUUCAGACUUCCUUAAUGAAGAUCAAAUUCGACCGAUUCUUUCUCGGAUAUUUUCGUUCGUGAUAUGUUUGCGAGAAUAA